CACCUCGAGAUGAAAAUCUCAAUCAUUUUUAUCUUAAUCUACGUCGUUGCUUCAUCUUGGUGUCAAGAUGAAACAGUGUUUCACUGCUCUCCUAAGCCUGGUUGCCAGAUUUCACAAUGUGAUCCGGUUGCUGUGGGAUGGGACAGACCAGGUUUCAACAUCGAUGAACAUCUGCAUGACAAAGAGUUCCCGAUAACAUGCAAGUCCAAUAGCACUGUCAUCGGAUGGCUUGAUUUCGUAUCUAGAAAUUUGGAUAUCACAAACAUCAGAAUGGGAUUGAACAAAUUAGAAAACAAGUUUGAUGAAAAAAUCGAGAGUUUUGAAAAAGAAAUUUCGGAAAAUCUCGUAUCUGGCAACCAAAUUGAGGAACAAUCAAUUCAAAUAAACAGUCUGUUGAUAAAAGCUAGGAAACAGUCUGAUGAGAUCAUAGAGCUGAAGAAAGGAUUGAUUGAAGUUAACGACAUGAAUGAUAAGUUGACAGAAGACAACAAAAAGAUGAAGGAAGGUAAAAAUUUAUCAAACAAUUGUUUUGCUGGCAUUGUAGUUUACCGGGAUAUAUUUUGGGGAUGA